CAGGGGAAUAUAUAAAGAUUUCCCUGACGAUUUGGGUACACAUUUUGGACAUUUCACUGAAACCACAGGCACCCGUUGGAAACAAGAUUGCAAUAACUAGUCGUAGCCAUUGCAUGUCUCGAAUCAGAAUGGGUCGAUUCAACGUCGUAGCUGUCCUCCUGGUCGUAAUAGUCGUGGUUUCAGAGGCCAAGUACUGGCACAUGCGACGUCCAAUAAUUGGCUUUCCAUUUUAUGGCCACAGACCGUUCCAUUGUUUCGGCAGGUGUCCUCUUAUACCAUUUUGGAGACAUGGUCCACUGAUGCGUCUGUCUCUUCCAUUCAACAGAUGGUUUCCUAGAUUUCCCAUGUAUCCACUCAUACGACCAGGUCCAAUACUGAAUUUGCCAUUCACAAGCGUCAACACCCUGACCACUCAGCAAAAUAUUUUGAAUCAACCAAUUACAGUGGCAAAGGGACGUGGGGUGCAAAGCGGCGGCGCCGUACAAAUGAGAAUGGCAGGGCCAAGCAUCAUCAUAAAUACGUCAGUAGGAGGUAGAGCUGGAGCUGGCACAGGAGCAGGUGCUGGCGCAGGAGUUGGCGCAGGAGGCUGGGGAGGAUAUGGUGUAGGAGUUGGUGCAGCUGGUGCAGGAGCAGGUCUAGGAGGCAUGGGAGGCAUAGGAGCUGGUGCAGCUGGUGCAGGAGCAGGUUUAGGAGGUCCUGGAUUUGGAAUAGGAGCUGGUGCUGCCGGUGCAGGAGCAGGCCUAGGAGGCAUGGGAGGCAUAGGAGCUGGUGCAGCUGGUGCAGGAGUAGGUUUAGGAGGUCCUGGAUUUGGAAUAGGAGCUGGUGCUGCCGGUGCAGGAGCAGGUCUAGGAGGGAUGGGAGGCAUAGGAGCUGGUGCAGCUGGUGCAGGAGUAGGUUUAGGAGGUCGUGGAUUUGGAGUAGGAGCUGGUGCAGCUGGUGCAGGGGCUGGUCUAGGAGGCAUGGGAGGCAUGGGAGGCAUUGGAGCUGGUGCAGCUGGCGCAGGAUUAGGUUUAGGAGGUCGUGGAUUUCCUAUUGGGGCCGGUGGAGUCGGUGCAGGAACAGGUCUAGGGGGCAUGGGAGGCAUGGGAGGCAUGGGACGCAUAGGAGCUGGCGCAACUGGCGCAGGAUUAGGUUUAGGAGGUCCUGGAUUUGGGAUAGGACCUGGUGCUGCUGGUGCAGGAGCAGGUCUAGGAGGCAUGGGAGGCAUGGGAGCUGGUGCAGCUGGUACAGGAGUAGGUUUAGGAGGCCCUGGAUUUGGUGUAGGAGCUGGUGCAGCUGGUGCAGGAGCUGGCGGCGGAGUUCCAUUUCUCCUUGUAAACGGUGGUGCUGGCGGUGCAGGAACAGGCUUUGGAACUCCUAUGUUUGUUGUAGGAGGUGCGGGCGCCGGUGCAGGUGCCGGCGCUGGUGCCGGUGCAGGCGCUGGUGCAGGUGGCGGAGUUCCCGUAUUCUUGGUAGGUGGCGGUGGCGCGGGCGCUGGCGCCGGCGCAGGAACAGGCGUCGGUGGUCCGGGAUUUGGUGGAGGAGCCGGCUUAGGAGCUGGUGGAAUGGGCGGAGGAGGAGCUGGUGCAGGGGCUGGUGCAGGAGGUGGUGGAAUGUUUGUAGGAGGUGGCGGUGCUGGAGCUGGAGCCGGAGCCGGAGCCGGAGCAGGAGGUGGAGGAGCAGGAGGCGGAGGAGGCGCAGGAGCAGGGGCAGGAGCUGGAGGUGGUGGAUUUGGUGGUCAACAGCAAAUGUUGAGAUACCGGCCGAGAGAUCGUCCAGCGUGGGUGAACUACGGAAACAUUAACUACGAUUACCCGUACGUCCAAGGACAAAGAUUAUUGCUGCGCCGUGUUCUUAAUUCUCCUCCCAUGAUGCAGAAAGCAGCCGCCCGUCCCGUGCGUGCGAUUAACGGUGUACACAGUCCUACACAGGCACAAGGAGCUUCAACAGGGAAGGUUAUCCACUAGUGUGAAGAAGAAUUCGAACCAUUUUAAAAUGGGCCGCCUAUAUCACCAUGUGUCCAACGACAGUAGAGCGGAGAGAGUGUUGUGAACCAGUGUUUGAUGUGACCUUAAUUUAUUAGAUAAUAAAAUCAUUCCUCUGAG